UGAUUUGUUUCCCUUUAUAUUGAAUGAAUAUGCCAUAUUGCCUCUAAGGCUGAUGUUAUCACAAAUAUGAUUCUGUAACUAGAUUGGGAGGUGCCCUCUGGGAGUUAUUGUAGUGAUCAUUUACAGAUACAAGCCUGAGACACAGCAGCGAGUGUGGUCUAUGUUUAGUUCUUUUAACUCAUCAUUAACUUCUAGAUACAGGAGAUUAAAUAUGAAUUUUAAAAACAUUCAUAUGCGUCAUUUCAUUAUUUUCUCUUUAAUAUUUACGCUUCUAUUUUUAAUCUCUUUUAUUGGGAAAAGAAAUCAUAUAUUACAAGUUAAAUUUACAAACCAAACAACAGAUGCAACUAAAGAAGCAAUGAAACCAAAAAGUGCCAAUCUGUCUGUAUGCCAACAGAAUUCUGGGAAAGAACUCCUUAUCUUGGUUUGGGUGUGGCCUUUCGAUCAACCUUUCCCAUUAGACAGAUGUGAGAAGGACUUCAAUAUUACUGGAUGCAAACUUACAGCAGACAGGGGUCUGUAUGAUACUGCUGAUGCUGUGAUUAUGCAUUAUGCUGAAAUAAUAGGUAACAGAAAUUCUUUACCCCAAAAACCAAGACAUCGGUUUCAACAUUGGGUGUGGUUCAACGUGGAACCUCCAUUUAUUGCUACAAAAUUGAAUGAUCUGGACAAUCUGUUUAACAUGACCAUGACAUUUCGUAAAGAUUCUGAUAUCUUUGUUCCCUACGGUCAUAUGCAAAUAUUGAAGGAGAUUCAAAAUUUCACAAUUCCUCCCAAGUCCAAGCUAGUGUCUUGGGCUGUAAGUAAAUGGUACCCAGGUGUCCCUCGUAUUGCAUAUUAUAAUGAACUUAAGAAAUAUAUCCAAAUUGAUAUUUACGGGAAGGGGAACAAACCACUCAGCAGUGAAGAUUUCACAAAAACCAUCUCUCAGUAUAAAUUUUACUUGGCCUUUGAAAACUCAAUUUAUACGGACUAUAUCACAGAGAAAAUAUGGACCAAUGCAUUUGACUCAUGGGCUGUGCCUGUUGUGCUAGGGACUCCUCGCAAGAAUUAUGAGCAAUUUAUACCCGGUGACGCAUUUAUUCAUGUGGAUGACUUCUCAAGCCACAAGGAACUGGCUGAUUACCUAUUAAUGUUGGAUAAAGAUGAUGAGAAAUAUAAGAAAUAUUUUAACUGGAGAUCCUAUUACAAGCCUAUAUUGCAUACUGGAUGGCCUAUAUUGCAUAAUGGAUGGCCAUAUUAUUAUUGCACAGCCUGUAGAGUAUUAAAGAAUGCUCCAGAAUAUCAAGUCAUUCCUAGUAUAGAAAAGUGGUAUUUGGAGCAGUAAUAGUAUGUUAUAAUUAAAGAGUAGUACCGUAACAUUAAAAAUGAAUAAUAUUAAAGCUCCCCAAAACCCCCUCAAAUGCCCUGCUCCACAUUGGUAUUCGCGACCUACCCAAACACCAAGCAUAUCUGUGUAUUUAUUUGUUAACAGCUACUAAAGCGGCAAUAGCCAAAUCUUGGAAUACCACGACUCCCCCAAAAUGGUCCUAUAUUUUAAACUACAUGUCAUAUAUCUAUAACAUGGAGAAAAAUGUAUUUUACACUUUAAACAACUCAGACCCGUUUGAACUAGUGUGGGCAGACUGGCAAACUCGCUAUGAAACUACUUGGUCCCCGAAUAUUGUGAUAAACGCAAGUUAGAUAUUCUCACAUACUCCUAAGACGGAAAUCUUCUCUCUACCUCCUACAUCCCACUUUACCUCCCCCUCCCUUUUUCUUCCCCCCCCCCUCCCUCACCACCAUACCCAUUUUAAAGAGUAUUAUAUUAUGUUUACUCUACAUAAUUUACAUAAAUAUCAACCUCAAAUGUUUGAACAGUUUAGAUUGACUAUUUAUAUGUUAUGUAGGAGCCUGCGUGCUCCAAGCACAAUUUCUAUUUUAUUUUUGUACCGUGAUGGUAAUUUAUCUUAAUAAAAACAUUUAAAAAAAAAAAAAAAAAAAAAGAAUAA